UAGGUGUGCAAUGACACUAUUACAAAGAAGAACCUGAUGAAGCAUCGUCAGCAGUGCCGGGGCGCGUACUUCACCUGCCUUGAUUGCCAGACUACUUUCCAGGGGCUUGACUUCCAGAGCCAUACGAGCUGUAUCUCUGAGGCGGAGAAGUAUCAGAAGGCGCUGUAUAAGGGACCGAAGCAUAAUGAUCCGAACGCUAAGAAGAAUGGGGAGACGAAGAAGGUAGAGAAGGUGGAGGAGAAGAAGGAGGAUAAGGUUGAGAAGGUUGAGGAGAAGGUUGAGGAGAAGGUUGAGGAUAAGACUGAGAAGAAGGAAAAGAAGGAGAAGAAGGAAAAGAAGGAGAAGAAGGAGAAGAAGGAAAAGAAGGCAAAGACCGAGGAGCCCAAGGAGGAACCCAAGGAAGAGUCCAAGGAAGAACCCAAGACCGAGGAGACCAAGGAAGAAAAAACCGAGACCCCAGCCUCUGCCGACGACGACAGCAAACUGACCAAGAAGCAAAAGAAAUUGAAGCGCUGGGAAGAGCAGCGCAAGGCCGAGGAGGCCAAGAAGGCAGAGGAGGAAGCUGCGGCCAAGGCCGAACAGGCAAAGAAGGCAGAGGAGGAAAAAGCCGCUGCUGCUGCUGCCGCGAAAGCCGCCGCUGAAGAAGCGAGCAAGAUGCAAGUCGACACCCCGUCCCCCAAGAAGUCAAACAAGCGGAAAGCCGACGCCGCCGCGGGCUCGGAGGACGACGACGACUCUGAGGAUGAUUCUGAGGAUGAGUCCGAGCAGCCGAAGAAGACUGUCAAGGCCGCGAACGGCACCGCGGUUCCGUCAAACACGGGCUCGAAACUUGCUCAGGAAACGCUGCAGAAUUACAUUUUGACGAUGGUCAAGAAAUCAGACAAGGGGCUGCAGCUGCGCGGACUUGCGAAGCGGUUGAAGCAGAAUAAGGAGACGAGAGGGGUUACGAGAGCGGAGCUGCUGAAGAGGAUUGUGCUGAAGAAUGAGAAUGGGAGAUUGGUGGUGGGAAUCACUCCUUAGAUUAAGAAUGGUUUAGAGUAAAAGUUAUGCUGCAUUAAGGAUUCAAUAAAGAUAAUAAUAGUAAUAUUUCGUGAGAUUACAUUAGAAAGAAUUAGAGAUUAGGCAACGUUGGUUGGAUCCCAAUCAACGAUAAAGUACUCUUUUGUCAUGAGAGACUCGACAUCGGCAGGCUCGAGAGAAAAGUCAAAGACCUGGGAGUUUUCCUCGAUGCGCUUGGGAUUCGAAGAUUUGGGAAGCGGAACAAGGCCCUGUGUAAACUAGAUGUCAG